AUGUCAAUUCUAGUCAAGUUGGUCAACAAAUGUUUUUUUAGUUAAAAAGCGAAUUUUACAAUUUAAGAAAUGGAUACAGCAAAGUUAGAGAUGUUCGAUGCAGAAGAAGAAAUAGUACAAGGGGAAAUGAACAUACCAAAUCAACCAAAUAAUUCGCAAAUUGGUCAACCAGAUUUUAAUACUUUAAACGAGCCGAUUAGAGAUACAAUCCUCAGAGAUUUGAAAGCUGUAGGUGUAAAAUUCGCAUAUGUGCUAUUCCCUAAAGAAAAACGAACCUUGUUACGAGAAUGGGAUUUGUGGGGUCCCUUGUUCCUUUGUACAUUUAUGGCUAUGUUCCUCCAAGGAUCGCCUACCAAAGACGAUUCCAACGAUGGUGGUCCGGAAUUUUCCCAAGUAUUUGUUAUCGUUUGGAUAGGUUCGAUAGUAGUCACUUUAAAUUCGAAAUUAUUGGGAGGAAAUAUAUCGUUCUUUCAAAGCGUUUGCGUGUUAGGAUAUUGUUUAUUACCAACAACCAUUGCUUUAAUCGCUUGCCGAGUAAUAUUACUAACAGAACAAUCAGUAUGGUUGUUUUUCGUUAGAUUGGUUAUAUCUAUGGUGGGUUUUAUAUGGGCAACGUAUGCUUCCAUCAUUUUUUUGGGAGACAGUCAAAAACCAGGAAGGAAAGCUUUAGCAGUGUACCCGAUAGGUCUCUUUUACUUUAUUAUAUCGUGGCUAGUGAUAUCGAAAACAAGAUAGAAAUAUUAAAUUAAGU